GCGCAGACACGUCAAAGUUGUUGACCUUUUCAAAUUUCGUAAACAUCGCCUCGAGGCGCUGUUAGCUUCCAUACAACUGUCUCUACUCAAUGUUUACAAUAGAUUAAACGAUUUUAUGCAUAAGUGGGUCACGUGUGAGGCGUCAGAACGCGUUAUAGUGCGCUGUCCGCUGCAGUGUCCGCGGAAGGAGGCGUGGUUCGCGCAUUUACAGUUACAGUUACAGUUUGGUUUCCGAAGUUCAUUCAGAUACUGAUCUGACCCGACACUCGCCAUACCAGCGUUAGGUGGAGACGGAAGUUAAAAUGAGUGCAGCUCUUUUACACAGACUGAAGCCUGCAGUGAGCGCCGCUGCGAUCCGCCUGUGGAGCUGCAAACCCCCGCUGAUCGAGCCGACGAGCGCCGCGUUCAUCCACCGCCAACCCGCCUCAGCGAGACUCUACAGCGGACUGAUGGCGUCCGGAGCUCCGCUCUUCAGACAGCUGUUUGAAUCUGAAAGCAGCACGUACACGUACCUGCUUGCAGAUGCUGACACUAAAGAGGCCGUGCUGAUCGACCCGGUGCUGGAGACGGUGGACAGAGACCUGAAGCUCAUCAAUGAACUGGGACUGACGCUCAAAGUGGCUUUGAACACUCACUGUCACGCUGAUCACAUCACCGGCACCGGACUGCUGAAGAAGAAGGUGUUUGGUCUGAAGAGCGCCAUCUCUAAACACAGCGGAGCCACCGCCGACAUCCAGCUGUCAGAGGGAGACCGAGUCACCUUCGGCAAACACUUUCUGACGGUGCGGGAGACGCCGGGACACACGGACGGAUGUUUGACAUAUGUCACUGACGAUGAGCGCAUGGCCUUCACCGGCGACGCGCUGCUCAUCCGCGGCUGCGGACGCACCGACUUCCAGCAAGGUAGUCCUCACAGACUGUAUGAGUCGGUCCAUAAACAGAUCUUCUCCCUGCCGGGACACUGUUUCCUUUACCCCGCUCACGACUACAAGGGUCAGACCGUCACCACCGUCGAUGAGGAGAAGUUGUUCAAUCCACGUCUGACGAAGACUCUCGAUGAGUUUGUGAACAUCAUGAACAACCUCAACCUCCCCAAACCUAAGAAAAUAGAUAUAUCAGUGCCUGCAAACCUGGUGUGUGGACUUCAUGACAUCUGAAUGUGAACCUUAUGAACAAACAAAGCUGACAUUCACACUUUAGUCAGAUGAUUUUAACUACAUAUAGUGAUGGUAUUUGCAUUAAUGCAUUCCUCCGAUUCAGGAACAAUAAGACAGAACAAUUACGUGUUAAACAAAUGCAUUCACAUUUUAGUCAGGAUUCAUAAUUUUUCAAGAACAUUUUGGGAUUUCGUCAAAUACUUGAGCUAAUCUGUGUGCUGUAUCGUGUCUUAUAUGUAUAUGUAUAUGUAUACAAAUGAUGGUUUGUGGUAAAAGUACCUCAUUUAAGCAUCCUUUACCUAAUAGCUUCGUAUAAUCAAGUGCUCUUGUAAUGUGAAUGUAAUGACAAAACACGUCUAAUGGUGCAUUUGUAAGAAAACUCUAUUUAAUCUGUUUUUAAUAAAUGUUUGUCAAACGGG